AUGAAUGAAAGCAAUGAAGUUAUUAAGAGUGUUUAUGAAGAUUUAUGUCAAAGCACCCCUGAUUUGACAGAUUUAGAGCCACUUGAGAAACAUUUUGACAGUAACAAAACAAAAACCUGUGACCAACCUUCUACUAUUUCUAAUUCAGAAUCACCAACUCAAAACAUCAAUUCAACUGAUUUUACCCCUCUGAAUGAUCCAUAUUCCACUGAUUCAGACAGUGACUGGACGCCUCCUAAGAAAAGACUUCUGGCGUCAGAUUCACCAACAUCUCCUGUCAUUACUUUAAAUUGCAUUGACGGCAUAGCUGUUACGAUCGAUGCACAGCCAAAUAUAUCUGGCAAUAAUCAAAGAAUCCAAGUGACACAACUAACAGACACCAAUCCUUCAGUAGACAACAACGGCACAGUUAUCAUCAAUCCACAGCCAAGUACAUCUGGUACAAAUCAAACCCAAAUUUCCAAUCCUUCAAGUGAUGGAACAUUUUGUGAGGAGGCAGAAAUAACGAAAAAAAAAGUAUCGAGAAAAAGGUUGAGAAAUACUAACAAAUGGAAAAGAGUCGAGGCGAAAAAUAAAAGAUUGAAAGGAGAGCAGUAUGUAAGUAGUGUAUCAAAAACAAAGAAAGUUAUAAGUCAAAAAGUUAUGAAAGAACCUUGCUCUAACAGUUGCAAGUUUAAAUGUUCAAAUAAUAUUUCAAACGAAAAUAGGCAGUCACUUUUUGACACAUUUUGGUUUACUAUAAAUAACUGGGACCAAAGAAGACAAUAUAUUGUUUCAUCUAUAGACAUCAUUCCUGUCAUGCGCCCUCGGAACCGAACUAAUAGUGAAUCGAGUCGCCGCAAAAAUACGCGAAUGUAUCAUUUAAUGCUGAGUGGUACUAGACUUAGAGUCUGCCAGAAGAUGUUUCUAAAUACAUUUUGUGUUACUGAACAAUUUGUGUCAACUUCACUAUCUAAGAUAUCAGGCGUAACAAAUGUUGUAUGUCCAGACCUAAGAGGCAAACACCCGCCAGCAAACAAAACACCUGAAUACGUCAUUGAUGGAAUAAAGGAGCACAUUUCUUCGUUUCCUUUGUACACCUGUCACUACGCUAGAGAACAAACAACUCGUCAGUUUCUUGGGCCGGAACUGAAUAUCACUAAAAUGUAUAAACUCUACGUGAACAAAUGCAAAGAUAAUAAUAUGCCCGACGAUAAAAUACCUAAGAAAUGGCUAUACGAUAAAAUUUUUAACGAACACUUUAAUUUAUCUUUUUAUUUACCUAGUGUUGACACUUGUGAUACAUGUGACAAAUUUGCAGCUAUGUUAAAGUGUGAACAAAAUCCAGAAGAGAUUGAAAAAUUGAAAAAAUUAAACACCGAACACCUUGACGAUGCUACAAACAGGUAUAGGUUAAAGAAACAAGAUAAAGAAACAAGCAAAGGCUCCGAGAGAAAGUCGAUAACGUUAAUGAUGGAUAUGCAAAAAUGUUUAGCCACUCCUUUGCUGACUAAUAGCCAGUCAUUUUAUCUAAGGAAACUCUGGACCUUUAAUGAAACUUUACAAAAUGAUACUGAAAAUAAAUCGUUUUGCAUGAUGUGGGACGAAACCCAAGGAGGAAGAGGUGCAAACGAAGUUGGUUCCUGCAUAAUACAGUGGGUUUUGCAUCACAAGUCCAAUGAAACAAAGGAGAUAACCAUAUGGUCAGAUAAUUGUGCAGGCCAAAACCGUAACAUUGUUCUUAUUUACUGCUAUUUUUGGCUUGUACAAAAUACUGAUUUGAUGACAAUUAAUCACAAAUUUUUGUUACGUGGACACACGCACAGUGAAGCAGACACCGUACAUUCCAUCAUUGAGAGGAAAAAAAAGGAGCUAACUAAUUACGACAUAGCUGUGCCACGAGACUGGCAGCAAUUUGUAAAAGUUUGCAGAAGUCAAAACCCUUUAAUUGUUCACAAUAUGAAUAUCAACAACAUAUACGACUUAAAAAAGCUCAGGAACAAUUUCAACCAGCGACGUAAAAAUACAGACAAUGAGAUGUUUCUCAUUUCACAAUGUGUGUGGAUGCAAAUUCGAAAAGACGAUAAUGGUAUUCUUUUCUAUAAAACGUCUUUUGAAAAUGAAAAUUUUUCUCAAGUGAACCUAAAGAAACAAAUGAGGCAACCAUUGACUCUGCCUACAACGUUGCCAGUUGCCUCCCAAAUCAAUCGUCCAAUUGGUACUAAAAAAUAUAAAGAUUUAAUAACAUUGACUCAGUGGCUUGCAGACCCUGCACUGAAACAUUUCUACGUUGACUUGAUACAUACUGAUCAAGCAGAUCAGAUUGAAGAAGAUUAA